CUGGCGCUGGGUCUGGCGAUGGCCCUGGGGGCGGUGGUGGGGAACGGGACAGCGCGGGAGCGGCACCGGGACCAGCAGCACCGGCACCGGGACCAACGGCACCGGCACCCCCGCGGGGGGGGGUUGGAGGCGGCGGGAGGAGAGGCCUGCGGCGGCCUCCGAGGGUUCCCGGCUGCCCUCGGCAACAACACGCACCAGUAUGUCUUCGAUGACCUCAGCGGCUCCGUGUCACUGUCCUGGGUGGGCGACGGCACCGGGGUCAUCCUCGUCCUGACAACGUUCCAGGUCCCUUUGGUCAUCAUGAGCUUUGGGCAGUCCAAGCUCUACCGCAGUGAGGAUUAUGGGAAAACCUUCACGGACAUCACCCCCCUGAUCAACAACACCUUCAUCCGCACCGAGUUCGGGAUGGCCAUCAGCCCCGACAGCUCCGGGAAGGUUAUCCUCACCGGGGAUGUUUCUGGGGGCAGCCGUGGGGGGAGGAUCUUCCGCUCCUCCGAUUUCGCCAAAAACUUCAUCCAGACCGAGCUGCCCUUCCACCCCCUGCUGCAGAUCUCCUACCACCCCCAGCACUCCCACUGCCUCCUGGCCCUCAGCACCGAGAAUGGUCUCUGGCUCUCCAAGGACUUUGGGGAGACGUGGGAGGAGAUCCACAAAGCUGUCUGCCUGGCCAAGUGGGGUGCAGGUGACACCAUCUUCUUCACCACUUACUUGAACAACUCUUGUAAAGCUGAUCUGGGGUUCCUGGAGCUGAAGAAAACCCCAGACCUGGGCAAAACCUUCAAGGUCAUCGCCACCAAGAUUUAUUCCUUCGGUUUGGGCGGCCGCUUUCUUUUUGCCUCCGUGAUGACAGAGAAGGGUACCACCAGGAGGAUCCACGUCUCCCUUGACCAAGGGGAGUCCUGGAACAUGGCCCAGCUCCCCUCCGUGGGCCACGAGCAGUUUUACUCCAUCCUGGCUGCCAACGACGACCUGGUGUUCAUGCACGUGGAUGAGCCAGGUGACACGGGCUUCGGCACCAUCUACACCUCGGAUGACCGUGGCAUUGUCUACUCCAAGUCCUUGGAACGUCACCUCUACACCACCACGGGGGGGGAGACUGACUUCACCAACGUCACCUCCCUGCGGGGCGUCUACAUCACCAGCGUCCUCUCCGAAGACAACUCCAUCCAGUCUGUCAUCACCUUUGACCAGGGGGGGCAAUGGGUGCCCCUGCGCAGACCCAAGAACACCUCCUGUGACUCCACUGCCCGCAGCAAGGACAAGUGCAGCCUCCACAUCCACGCCUCCUACAGCAUCUCCCAGAAGCUCAAUGUCCCCAUGGCCCCACUCUCUGAGCCCAACGCCGUUGGCAUCGUCAUCGCCCACGGGAGCACGGGGGGGGCCAUCUCGGUGAUGAGCCCCGAUGUCUACAUCUCGGAUGAUGGGGGCUACACCUGGGCACGGAUGCUGCAGGGUCCCCACCACUACGCCAUCCUCGACUCGGGGGGGCUCCUGGUGGCCAUCGAGCACACCAACCAGCCCAUCAGUGUCCUCCAGUUCUCUACAGAUGAGGGGCAGUGCUGGCACUCCUAUGUCUUUGCUUCUCAACCCAUCUUCUUCACGGGGUUGGCCUCGGAGCCGGGUGCCCGUGCCAUGACUGUCAGCAUCUGGGGCUUCCAUGUCACCUUCCUGUCCCGACAGUGGGUGUCCUACACCAUCGACUUCAGCCAGCUGCUCAGCAGGACCUGUGAGGACAAGGACUACACCAUCUGGCUGGCUCACUCCAGCGAUCCCAGUGCUCCCAGUGACGGCUGCAUACUGGGCUACAAGGAGCAGUACCGGCGGCUCCGCAAAUCCUCCGUCUGCCGCAACGGCCGCGACUACGCUGUCACCAAGCAGCCCUCUGUCUGCCCCUGCACCCUCCAGGAUUUCCUCUGUGAUUUCGGGUACUACCGCCCCGAGAAUCAGUCGGUGUGCGUGGAGCAGCCGGAGCUGAAGGGCCACGAUCUGGAGUUCUGCCUCUACGGCCGCCAGGAGCUGCUCAAAACCAGCGGCUAUCGGAAAAUCCCCGGGGACAAAUGUUCUGGCGGGGAGAGCCCCAGCAGGGAGGAGAAGGACAUGAAGAAGAAGUGCACCAGCAAUGUCCUCAACCCCAGCCAGCUGGCCGCGUCCCCCAGCUCCACACCCCCCAGCUCCACCCCCAUCGUCCUGGCCGUGGUGGCCGUGCUCUUCCUCACCUCCAUCCUCGGCGUCCUCCUGGUCAAGAAAUACGUCUGUGGGGGCCGGUUCCUGGUCCAUCGUUACUCCGUGCUGCGGCAGCACGAGGCCAACGGCACCGAGGGGAUGGACCCCCCCGAGCCCGGCUCUGCCCCCCCCAAACUGGGCUAUCAUGACGACUCUGAUGAGGACCUCCUGGAGUAGCUGCCCCCAUGCCGGGGAUGCUGCAGCCCCCUCCGAUGUGCAGGCAGGGACCCCCCCGCGACAACAGGGACCCCCCCGUGCAGGCAGGGCCCCCCCGUGAAGGCAGCCCCCCCACUAUGCAGGCGGGGACCCUGAUGCAGCAGGAGCCCCCCUGCUCAGGCAGGGCCCCCCCCACACCUCUGCCGGAGGGGAGGGAGGGGGAUUUGCUGCGGGGGGGGCACACACAGGGUUGAACUUAACUCCAUUUUAAUCCCUUCCUUCCAGCAGGGGGGGGGCUUUUAUUUCCCCCCUUUCUGGGCUGCUUUAAAGAGCAGCCCCCCCCAACCCCCCUGACUCUGACAGCAGCAUCAACCCCCAGGUGUUGGGGACCCCCCCCUUGAGGUGGGGGGGGGGGAAAUGGGGGGGGCAGCAGCACCCAGCCCCCUGCCUAUUUCUUCUCCAAAGCAAUACAAACCCAGCUGUCAGCCCCCCCACCCCGUGCCCCCCAAAUUGGGGGGGUCCACAUGGGGUAAUGCCCCCCACUGUUUCUCCCCCCCACGGUGUCCCCCCCCUUGGGCCGAGGGAAAUGCAGCAAUAAUGAAUUAAAGCUUGAAGCCUUGUGCAAGGGGUUGGGAGGGGGGGGCUCAGCUCUGGGCCCCCCCCCCAAGCUGGCAGUGGCGCAGGUAGGAUGGGGGGGCUGCUCUCAGCUCUCCCCCCCCCUCUCCCCCCACACUCUCCCUGCAGUUUCAGUACCCUAAUACUGGAAAUCUUUUUUUUUUUUUUUGGGGGGGGGGCUGCACCCCCCAGCACCCCCUGAUCUCACCCCGGGGGGUGGGAGGUUUAAGUGACCCCUCCCCCACAACCAGGGUGUGGGGGGGCUUUGCCUGACACCCCCCCAGCUGGGUGCCUGGGACAGGGGUGCAGGAGGAGGGGGUGCAGCCCCUCCCACGUGACCCCCCCUCCCCCAGGCCCCCCCUAUCGCGAUAUGGCCGUGCUGUCGUGACACAUGGCUUCUGCUGUUGUCCCCCCAAACCCUGGCACGUCCCAUAGUCCCCUCCCUCUGGGGACGGGGGGGGCACAUCCCUGGCCCCCCCUUGCAUGUGCUUCAGCAUCCC